GGGGGGAAAGACGAAAAGAAAAAAGAGAACCAGGAGAGAAAAUUCUUCAGCUGAUGCGAGAAAAUCUGUAGCUGAAACAACAACGAUGUUCUGGGCAUUUUCUUCGUUUGGUAUUAGGAAGGGAAAAAGCUCAAAGGCUGCUUCAGCCAAAGUAACUGUAGGGUCUCAUGUCUGGCUGGAGGAUCCAGAUGAUGCCUGGAUAGAUGGAGAAGUAGAAGAAGUUAACAGUGAAGAAAUCACAGUAAACUGCUCUGGAAAGACGGUUGUGGCAAAGUUAAGGGAUGUCUACCCCAAGGACCCCGAGUUCCCUGAACUUGGGGUGGACGACAUGACAAAGCUUGCAUAUUUACAUGAACCAGGGGUUCUGCUCAAUCUAAAGUGCCGAUAUAAUGCAAAUGAAAUCUAUACGUACACAGGAAAUAUAUUGAUAGCUGUGAAUCCCUUUAAGAGAUUGCCCCACCUUUAUGGAAGUGAGACAAUGAAACAGUACAAAGGCACAGCAUUUGGUGAGUUGAGUCCACAUCCUUUUGCAGUUGCUGAUUCUGCGUACAGGAAAAUGAUUAACGAGGGGGUGAGCCAGGCGAUCUUGGUUAGUGGGGAAAGCGGUGCUGGGAAGACAGAGAGCACAAAGAUGCUCAUGCGAUAUCUUGCCUACAUGGGAGGAAGAGCUGAGAGUGAAGGAAGAUCUGUGGAGCAGCAAGUUUUGGAGUCCAAUCCAGUUUUAGAAGCUUUUGGCAAUGCAAAAACCGUGAGAAACAAUAAUUCAAGUCGUUUUGGUAAAUUUGUGGAGAUUCAGUUCGAUCAUAGGGGAAGAAUUUCGGGAGCUGCUAUUAGGACAUAUUUGCUAGAGAGGUCUCGGGUUUGUCAAGUUUCUGACCCUGAAAGAAACUAUCAUUGCUUUUACAUGCUUUGCGCUGCACCAGAACAGGAAACUGAGAGGUACAAGUUAGGAAAACCAAGCACAUUUCGCUAUCUAAAUCAGUCUAAUUGUUAUGCGUUGGAUGGGCUUGAUGAUUCCAAGGAAUACCUAGCUACAAGGAAAGCUAUGGACGUUGUUGGGAUCAAUUCUGAAGAGCAGGAUGGAAUCUUCCGAGUAGUGGCUGCAAUCCUUCAUCUAGGGAACAUCGAGUUUGCAAAGGGUGAAGAAUCAGAAGCUUCAGAACCUAAGGACGAAAAAUCACGGUUUCAUUUAAAAGUGGCAGCAGAACUUUUCAUGUGUGAUGAGAAAGCUUUAGAAGAUUCCUUGUGUAAAAGGGUCAUGGUGACUCGUGAUGAAAGUAUAACAAAGUCGCUUGAUCCUGAUAGUGCAGCUCUAGGAAGAGAUGCACUAGCCAAGAUUGUCUAUUCUAAAUUGUUUGAUUGGCUCGUGACCAAGAUCAAUAAUUCCAUCGGCCAAGACCCAAAUUCAAAACACAUUAUAGGAGUUCUGGAUAUUUAUGGAUUCGAGAGUUUCAAGACAAACAGCUUUGAACAAUUUUGUAUAAAUUUAACAAACGAGAAGCUGCAACAACAUUUCAACCAGCAUGUGUUCAAGAUGGAGCAAGAAGAAUAUACUAAAGAAGAGAUUGACUGGAGUUACAUAGAGUUCAUUGAUAAUCAGGAUGUCCUUGAUCUUAUUGAAAAGAAACCUGGUGGAAUCAUUGCCCUUCUAGACGAGGCUUGCAUGUUUCCAAGAUCAACACAUGAUACAUUCGCUCAAAAGCUGUACCAGACUUUUAAAGACCACAAGCGUUUUGGCAAGCCAAAAUUGGCUCAAACAGACUUUACAAUUUGCCACUAUGCUGGUGAUGUCACUUAUCAGACAGAACUGUUUUUGGACAAGAACAAAGAUUAUGUUGUUGGAGAACAUCAAGCUCUCCUGAGCUCUUCAGACUGUUCUUUUGUCUCAUCGUUGUUUCCACCAUUGCCAGAGGAAUCUUCCAAGACAUCAAAAUUCUCAUCAAUAGGUUCUCAGUUUAAGCAACAACUGCAAUCUUUGCUCGAGAGUUUGAGCACCACGGAGCCACACUACAUACGAUGUGUUAAACCAAAUAACCUUCUUAAGCCAGAAAUAUUUGAGAACAUUAAUAUUUUGCAUCAACUUAGGUGUGGGGGAGUCAUGGAAGCCAUUAGGAUUAGUUGCGCUGGAUAUCCUACUAGAAGGCCUUUCAAUGAUUUUUUGACUCGGUUCAGAAUUUUAGCCCCAGAGACUACAAAGAGCAGCUAUGAUGAAGUUGACGCUUGCAAAAAGCUACUAGCAAAAGUGGACCUCAAAGGUUUUCAGAUUGGGAAGACAAAGGUGUUUCUUAGGGCAGGUCAAAUGGCAGAACUGGAUGCUCACCGAGCUGAAGUUCUUGGUCACUCAGCACGGAUUAUACAGAGAAAAGUCCUUACUUAUCAAUCUCGCAAGAAGUUUCUGUUGUUACAGGCCGCUUCAACAGAAAUUCAAGCCUUGUGUAGAGGGCAAGUCGCACGUGUUUGGUUUGAGACCAUGCGAAGAGAAGCUGCUUCUCUGAGGAUUCAGAAGCAGGCACGGACUUAUAUUUGCCAAAAUGCCUAUAAACGCCUGUGCUCGUCUGCUUGUUCAGUUCAGACGGGGAUGCGAGCAAAAGCUGCUCGAGUUGAACUUCAGUUUAGGAAGAAGAGAAGAGCGACAAUCAUUAUUCAAAGUCAAAUCAGAAGAUGUUUGUGUCGUCAGCAUUAUGUGAGAACGAAAAAGGCAGCGAUUACUACUCAAUGUAGCUGGAGAGUGAAAGUUGCACGCCGAGAAUUGCGAAAUCUAAAAAUGGCUGCUAAAGAAACAGGAGCACUUCAAGAUGCUAAGACUAAGCUGGAAAAUCAAGUGGAAGAACUCACUUCAAACUUGGAGCUUGAGAAACAGAUGAGGAUGGAGAUCGAGGAAGCCAAAUCUCAAGAAAUCGAAGCAUUACAGUCCGCUUUAACAGAUAUAAAACUUCAGCUCAGGGAAACUCAAGAAACCAAAAGUAAGGAGAUCUCAGACUUGCAGUCCGCUUUACAAGACAUGCAACUUGAGAUUGAAGAACUCUCUAAGGGACUUGAGAUGAGUAACGAUCUUGCUGCUGAGAAUGAACAGCUUAAGGAGUCGGUGAGCUCGCUGCAAAAUAAAAUUGAUGAAUCCGAGAGAAAAUAUGAAGAAAUAAGUAAGAUAAGUGAAGAGCGGAUAAAAGAAGAAGUUCCUGUAAUUGAUCAGUCUGCCAUCAUCAAACUUGAAGCUGAAAAUCAACAGCUGAAGGCAUUGGUAAGUUCCUUGGAGGAGAAAAUUGAUGCAUUGGACAGAAAAUAUGACGAAACAAGCUCAAAUACCACAGAGCAGUUGAAGGAGAACGUUUCAUCUGAUUACGAGAGCAUGAGCAAUCUCGCAGCUGAAAAUGAGCGGCUCAAGGCACUCGUAGGUUCGUUAGAGAAGAAGAUCAAUGAAAGCGGGAACUAUUCUACAGAUGAACAAAAGGAGGGAAAACGCGUUUUGAAAGAAGAGAGUUUGACAGAGGAUGCUUCAAUUGACAAUGAAAGGGUCAAAAAACUUGCUGAUGAAAACAAAGACCUGAAUGAUCUGGUAAGUUCCUUGGAAAAGAAAAUAGAUGAAACUGAAAAGAAGUACGAGGAAGCAAGUAGACUUUGUGAAGAGAGGCUGAAACAAGUUUUAGACGCAGAGACAAAGCUAAUCGAUUUGAAGACAUCAAUGCAAAGGCUUGAGGAAAAGGUUUCUGACAUGGAAGCAGAAGAACAAAUUCGUCGGCAGCAAGCGCUGGUUAAUUCUGCUUCCCGGAAAAUGUCUCCCCAGGUGUCAUUUACAGGACCCCCGCCUUUGGAGAACGGACAUCAUGAAUCACUUGCUCCUAUACCGUCAAGAAGGUUUGGGACAGAAUCUUUUAGACGAUCUCGAAUUGAACGACAACCCCAUGAAUUUGUUGAUGUACUUCUCAAAUGUGUAUCCAAAAACAUCGGUUUCAGUCAUGGAAAGCCUGUUGCAGCUCUUACAAUAUAUAAAUGUCUUAUGCGCUGGAAAAUAUUCGAAGCAGAAAAAACAAGUAUCUUUGAUCGAAUUGUUCCUGUGUUUGGUUCUGCAAUAGAGAAUCAGGAGGACGACAAUCAUUUGGCUUAUUGGCUGACAAACACAUCAACACUCUUAUUCUUGCUUCAAAGAAGCCUGAGACAACAGAGCUCAACUGGCUCAAGUCCAACAAAACCUCCACAGCCAACUUCAUUUUUUGGAAGGAUGACACAGGGUUUUCGUUCAACCUCUUCCCCAAAUCUUUCAACUGAUGUGGUGCAGCAAGUAGAUGCUAGAUAUCCUGCAUUACUUUUCAAACAGCAGCUUACGGCCUAUGUUGAAACAAUGUACGGAAUAAUCCGAGAGAACGUUAAGAGAGAAGUAUCAUCGCUGAUUUCUUCCUGCAUUCAGAAUCUGAAGGAAUCAUCAUAUGAUUCCUCUGUUGUGAAGUCACCAUCAAAGUCAUCUGAAGAGAAUUCACCGACUAAGCCAUUUGAAGAGAAUCUCCCAGCUAAGUCAUCUGAAGAGAAUUCCCCGAAGAAGUCAUCUGAAGAGAAUUCACCUAAGAAGUCAGCAGGAGAUAAGUCACCGAAAAAGCUAUCUGAUGAGAAUUCACCAUCUAAAGAGGGGCAAGCAGUGAAGUCUUCUGAAGAGAAUUCACAAGCAAACUCUUGGCAAAGCAUUAUUGGGUUUUUGAAUUACAAUCUCAUCACAUGGAAGAAAAACUACGUUCCUCUGUUUCUCGUUCAGAAGAUCUUCAGCCAAACUUUCCAAUACAUCAAUGUUCAACUCUUCAACAGUCUUCUCCUCGAACGAGAAUACUGCACAGUCAACAUGGGCAAAAAAGUGAAGGCAGGGUUAGAUGAACUAGAGUCAUGGUGCAGCCAAGCGACUGAAGAGUUUGUAGGAUCUUCUUGGGAUGAACUGAAACACACAAGACAAGCCGUAGUGCUUCUGGUUACAGAACCAAAGUCCACAAUUACAUACGAUGAUCUUACAACUAACAUUUGCUCGGUUCUUAGUACUGAGCAAUUGUAUAGAAUAUGUACUCUCUGCAAGGACAAAGACGACGGCGAUCAUAACGUAUCACCAGAGGUGAUUUCCAGCUUAAAACUUCUAAUGACAAAUGAAAAUGAAGAUAGCCGUUCCUUCUUGCUAGACGACGAUUCCAGCAUCCCUUUUGACACCGAUGAAAUCUCAAGCUGCAUGCAAGAAAAGGACUUUGCGAAUGUAAAAUCAGCUUCGGAACUCGCUGAUAACCCCAACUUCCACUUUCUCAAGGAUUGAGAAACUGUUUCAGCCUUGGUAUAGUAUGUAUAUUCCAUUCCUCUUUGGUUUUGGUAAUGGGUUUUGUAGAAAUCUCCAUAGCUUUCUUUUUGUACACCUCUUCUUUUGAUCUCUGUUUUUGAUAUCUUCAGGCUAAUUUACUUGUGGGAUAAGAAACCCUAAAGCAGUAU